ACUUUGGAGAUGGGCUGGUCUUUGCAGUGAUGUCACCUCACUCCUGUGUGGACAGUCGUUCCACCCGCAGUGUGUGUUUCCCGUUCGUCUCCAAAACCCAACAUUACGCAUGGCACUGUGGCAUCGGAGGACUUUCAUCGUGAAGCCUUUGUGGAUUGUGAAGUCUGUUCUUCCCACAUUUGUGAUGCAGUCGGGACUUGGUGUCUAGAACUAUUUGAAUGGCCGGUGAUGAAGGCUGUGCUAUUUCAGAGGAUCAGUUUUUGCAGCCUUCGCGUCUCAUGUAGGUUUGCGCAGAUCGGGAGCAUUACGCGCAACCUCUCUCCAUGCAGCGCACCCAGCUGUUUUAGGAAGGAGAACUGUGCAAAAUAACAAAGAUGAUACGAAAGGACUAUUUGCAGUCAGAAUGGAUUUAACCCAGUUAGACUUGUUGGUGGAAAACGUUUCCAACAAUGAGAACACCACCGACGCACCGUUCGCUUUGCCACACACGGAGGUAGCCACUGCGCUCAUCAUCCUGGUCGUCACUGUGAUCAUUUCUGUGACCAUUGUGGGCAAUGUGUUGGUGAUUGUAGCGGUGCUCACUAGCCGGGCUCUCCGUGCGCCCCAGAACCUUUUCCUCGUGUCUCUCGCAUGUGCGGACAUCCUGGUGGCCACCCUGGUCAUCCCCUUCUCUCUUGUCAAUGAGGUGAUGGGCUACUGGUACUUUGGGAGUACUUGGUGCGCCUUCUACCUAGCUCUGGAUGUGUUGUUCUGCACCUCAUCCAUCGUGCACCUGUGCGCCAUCAGCCUGGACCGCUAUUGGUCCGUGACAAAGGCGGUGAGCUACAACCUGAAGCGGACACCAAAGCGCAUCAAGUCCAUGAUCGCCGUGGUGUGGAUAAUAUCAGCUAUCAUCUCCUUCCCUCCUCUCCUCAUGACCAAACAUGACGAGCGGGAGUGCCUGCUGAACGAUGAGACCUGGUACAUCCUCUCAUCCUGCCUCGUGUCCUUCUUCGCUCCGGGUCUCAUCAUGAUUCUGGUGUAUUGCAAGAUCUAUAAAGUGGCCAAGCAGCGCUCCUCCACCGUGUUUGUGGCCAAGAACGGCCUGGAGAGGCAACCCUCUCAGUCAGAGACCUGUUUUGUCAGGAAGGACCGCUUCGAGAUGGAGAGCCCGAGCAGCCAGAGCUCCGGGAGCCAGCAGCAGGGGCAGGGGGAGCUGGAUGACAUCGACCUGGAGGAGAGCUGCUGUCAGUCGGAUACUAAAACCCGCCACCAUCGCUUCACCAAGCGAAGGAAAGUGGAGGGAUCGGACUGUUGCCCGCCACAGAACUGCCGACUCUCCUGGGCUUCGGCCCGGGCGUUACAGCUCUACCCGGAGCAGAAGAAUCCAGCUGUGCGACAACAGCUGGCUGCGGCCAACAAGACCAAAGUGGCCCAGAUGCGAGAGAAGCGCUUUACCUUCGUGCUGGCGGUGGUGAUGGGGGUGUUUGUGCUCUGCUGGUUCCCCUUCUUCUUUACCUACAGUCUGCAUGCAAUCUGCAGAGACAGCUGCUACAUUCCUGGCACACUUUUCAACCUUUUCUUCUGGAUUGGCUACUGCAACAGUUCUGUGAACCCCAUAAUUUACACUAUUUUCAACAGGGACUUCAGAAAAGCCUUCAAGAAAAUCAUAUGCAGAACUUCAAAACGCACAUGAAGGGGUUCCAGCUCUUUUGUUUUGCCUGUUACUCAGCAGUACCAGGAAGGAGCUGUAUUAUUACUAUAACUCAUUGUUCUUGGCUGACUGUCUGCUUUCCCUUCAUUUUGAUGUAAUAAUUAUGAUAUUGACAAACAAGCCAGUGUUGUGCAAACAUUUCAGUGUGUAUGAAUAAAAGUCAUAUGGUGGAGUAAAAUAUUUUAGUCCGUCAGUGUUACAAACCUGAUCAAAUGUGGUCACUUUUAGGCUUCUUAUUCUAUCUGAGAUAUGUGAUGUACUAGUGCAUAUCUCUGGAUAAGACAUCCGUGCUGGAUCAGUCCUGUAGGAAGCAGGAGAAGAGAAAUACUUCACUUCAAGUCAUGCACGUAGCUGGAUUCCGCUGCUGGCAGCUGGUUCACAGUGGGUGUUUUGUUUUGAGAUAAAAAGAAGAUUAGUCACCAUCUUUAACAUAUGAACAUGAGGAUGAACAUGAAGGGAAGCAUCGCCUGUGAGUAUGUGUCAUGGAAAAAGAAGUGCAGGAUGCAGCAUGGCUGGAAUGUUUCAUAAUAUUACAGGUACUUCAUAUACAUGAAUAUGUCUGCAUUUGCUGAAUUUAAAGCUACAGCAAGGCUUGCAGCCAUUUCUUAUCAGUGAACCCGCAAACUUAUGUAAGAGUCUAAUCUCACAGCCUCCCCCCACUGCCUCAUUUCACCACCUCACACCAGAACAAUUGCCAAGCUGAGGCCUGUGUGUGCAGAAUUCCCUGGAUCAAUCUCUAUAUUUCAUUUCAAUACAUCACAGUAGCUUGUGAAUCCGUUUUUAAAAUGUGAGAUCCCAGCUCUGCUGUAAAACCUGGAUCAGUGUUGUGAAUUUAAAUCUAGGUUAUGCUGUCCCAUAAAUGUCUCUUUCACUGAAGUGCCAAAAUCAUUUUUUUUAUUUAUUUGACAAAUUAAAAGUUUUUGGCAGGGCGAUAAAAAUAAAAACCAAGCGGAUUAGACGCAGUGGAGGAAAGAUACUCUAACAAUACAAACAGUCCUGUCCCCUCCAUCCUACUAAAUAACAUCUGUGGCAGAAUUAUCGCAUCAGAGAGCUGGAGCAGCAUGACGUCUCUUAGGUACAAGAAGAGAGUUUAAUAUUUACGAGUCAUUUCUCAGGAUAUAAUUGUGUGCUUGAUGAAGCUGUGCUAUCACAUGUGAAGCCAUAAAUCUGGAUUUCAUUAUCUUGCUGCCAGUUUAAAAUGUGUGGAAAGGGUUCCCACAAGGGACAAAUCUGAUCAAACGUCAGCCUAUAUGGGGAAAAGCAUGAAGUCAUUUAUGAUAUAAGUACUACAUGAAAAGGGAGUGCAGUGGUCAGAUGCAGGGCUUUAUUUGAACUUCACAGCACUGUUCUCCAUAUAGCUUCAAACUGCACUCGGUUCAUGAUGAAUAUGGGGUAUGAAGUGUAUGUAAAAGGGUGAAUAUAUCAUGGAGCUUGCACGCAGAGGCUUCUCUGGGAAAACUGGUUGGUGAGAAGAAGGCUGACCACAUCUAUAUCAGUGUAUUGUCUGCAUGGGGGUGCUGAGGAUAAAUACACUAUUUAUAUCCUCUUAGGAAUGUCUUCAAAGAACUCCUAGAGCUCACUGGCACCUAGCCAAAGAUAAUCACCCCAUCUGAGGAGUGCUCAAAAAGAAAAAUUAAACGUUUUUUUUUAAUGCUCAUAUUCAGGAGGGUAUUGUUAAAAUAUCAUCAAGGGAAAUAAACGUGAAGGUGGUUGCAUAUUUCCUUUUCCUCUUGACGUGCAUCGCCACUUUAUUUAUGAACACAAUUAGAAAGUCUGAGAGAAGUGGGGCCGGUGUGAGGAGGAAAACUUUAUCUCAAAGGGAUUCACAAAGCCCUUGAAACAAAUGAAAUGUCAGGGCAGAGUAGCGCUCGCAAGAGGCGAUAAAAUUAGCUUGGUCGCUUCAUCAUCUUUAGCAGGAUGGAAAUGAUGUUUAUUUAUGUGUAACUUAAUAAGAUGUUGCUGUUCACAUAUCACACAUAACCUGAUUUCUCCUGAGGAUGCAGCCAUCAAUUCAUGUUUCAUUACCCGAGGUGGAAGUAUUUACAUGAAAACUCACAUGUAAUCUUCUUACUGAUAGCAUACUGAUUAGUAUCCGGCAAGACACACAAUUCCCUUGUUAAAUCACGCAUCCCUAAUUCAAUUGUGUUCCCAGUCAGCUUCUCCACUGCAGCAAGAAAUGGAGCACAAUGCUUUUAAUUAGCUGGAGUGUUUUCUGUUAACUUUCAUGUGUAAUUUCUCCAGUCAUGUCUGCUCAAACGCAGCCCUGUUACAUCUUCUGUCACCAUGUCAUGUAAAAAUCUGCUUUGUUUGUUUGGUGACGUCUCACAAGGCAAGACAGGGAUCUUUAAAAGUCCUUCAUUAUUCAUCAGGUACAUGCUCUGAUAAUUAAAUUAAAAAAGGAAAAAAACGUA